AUGUUACUAGUUGCAGUUCUCUUCUACACACUGACAAUUGUCACUUCGGCAACAGACACAUUUGCUGUUCAUCAUCAUGUUACGUACAUUGUGUCAGAAUCCAAACGUCAGAUGCUCACAAAACGAGGAUUUAUCGACGAAAGUCAAGCAAACUUACAAGUAAUCGGUUUAUUUGAUGAUAAUAAUGACGACUAUGAAGCAACUGACGUUCAUGCCAUCAAUCGGAUACAGCUAAUACUCGAUCGAAUGCACAAACAAUUCAUAAAAGAAUUACGACGACAAACAACGGUGCCUGGUUCAGAUAAGCCUGUUCACUUUGUUGCUCCGCUCAUGUCUGAAGAUUUCAAUCGAAAACAAAAUACACCCGAUGCGGCAAAUAUCAAACAAUGGCUAGACAAGCAAUGGGCGAAAGCCAAUCAAACAUCAUCAGUGAUUUAUAUUAGCUUUGGUUCAUGGGCAUAUCUUCAAGCUAAACAGCUGAGGGAAAUUAUUCGUGCACUCAAAGUAUAUCCUAUCAUUUGGUCAUUGAAACCUAAUCUACAAGGAUCAAUUUCAUCAUCUUGGAUCAAUGAAGACAAGCAUCUUCUACUUCCAUGGGUACCACAACGUUUGGUUUUAACGCACCCUGCAAUACGUCUAUUCAUCUCACAUGGUGGCUGGAACAGUUUACUCGAAGGCAUGUUCGCUGGUAGACCGACACUUAUCUGGCCUCUCUUUGGAGACCAAAUUAUCAAUGGACAACGGUUAGACCAUGAACUCGGCAUGGGUCGAUGUUUACAGGCGACAGAUUAUGCUAAUGGGCAAAGACUUGUCACUAGCGAUGAACUUCGGCGACAUGUUGACGACAUAUUCGAUCAAGAAACGGAUUAUAUUCGAAAAGCGAGAAAAGUUCAAAUGAUGAUGUUUAAUGCGCGUGAAAAUAGUUCACGAAUAGACUUGGAGAAAAUUAUCAGAAUCGCCCAUAAUCAGGUGCUUUCUCAGACGAACUGGCAUGUCGAACUUGAGAAGAGCGAAACGGUGGCCAUAACAAAAGUAGCACAUACUGCCAGAGCACAUCGGUCGUUAUUUCAUAAUGAGUUCAUUGUUAGGAAACCACAAGGACAAGUAACCAAAUACAUUAAUCCUACAACAAUGAACGCAAAAUGGCUCUACUAG